AUGAGCAACAGCAAUGAAGAAAAUAACAGCAAUGAAAGCAGCGGUAACCAAGGAAACAACAGUGACGAAAGCAGCGUUGACCAAGGAAACAACAGCGACGAAAACAGCGGUAACCAAGGAAACAACAGCGACGAAAACAGCGGUAACCAAGGAAACAACAGUGGGAGCCGUGAGGAACAAGAGGAAGGGUGUAGCGAUGAAAACAGUGGAAAUACUGGAAACAAUGGUAACGGCAAUAGUGGAGUUCAAGGAACGUUAAAGAGCAAAUGCCCUAGUUUUGAAAACAGUGGUAGUCAAGAAAGUAACCGUGACAAAAACAGCGUUAACCAAGGAAACAACAGCGACGAAAACAGCGGUAACCAAGGAAACAACAGCAACAAAAACAGCGGUGACCAAGGAAACAACAGUGGGAGUAGUGAGGAACAAGAGGAAGUGUGUAGCGAUGAAAAGAGUGGGAAUACAGGAAACAAUAGUAACGGCAACAGUGGAGUUCAAGGAGCGUUAAAGAGCAAAUGCCCUAGUUUUGAUAACAGUGGUAGUCAAGAAAGUAAAAGUAACGAAAACAGCGAUAAUCAAGGAAACAACAGUGACAUAAACAGUGGUAACCAAGGAAACAACAGCAACGAAAGCAGCAAUAACCAAGGAAACAACAGCGACGAAAGCAGCGGUGACCAAGCAAACAACAGCGACGAAAGCAGCGGUGACCAAGGAAACAACAGCGACGAAAGCAGCGGUAACAAAGGAAACAACAGCGACAAAAACAGCGGUAGCCAAGGAAACAACAGCGACGAAAGCAGCAAUAACCAAGGAAACAACGGUGAUGAAAACAGCGGUAACCAAGGAAACAACAGCGACAAAAGCAGCGGUGACCAAGGAAACAACAGUGGGAGUAGUGAGGAACAAGAGGAAGUGUGUAGCGAUGAAAAGAGUGGGAAUACAGGAAACAAUGGUAACGGCAACAGUGGGGUUCAAGGAACGUUAAAGAGCAAAUGCCCUAGUUUUGAUAACAGUGGUAGUCAAGAAAGUAAAAGUAACGAAAACAGCGAUAAUCAAGGAAACAACAGUGACAUAAACAGUGGUAACCAAGGAAACAACAGCAACGAAAGCCGCAAUAACCAAGGAAACAACAGCGACGAAAGCAGCGGUGACCAAGGAAACAACAGCGACGAAAGCAGCGGUGACCAAGGAAACAACAGCGACAAAAACAGCGGUAACCAAGGAAACAACAGCAACGAAAGCCGCUAUAACCAAGGAAACAACAGCGACAAAAACAGCGGUAACCAAGGAAACAACAGCGACGAAAGCAGCGGUGACCAAGGAAACAACAGUGGGAGUAGUGAGGAACAAGAGGAAGGGUGUAGCGAUGAAAACAGUGGAAAUACUGGAAACAAUGGUGACGGCAACAGUGGAGUUCAAGGAACGUUAAAGAGCAAAUGCCCUAGUUUUGAUAACAGUGGUAGUCAAGAAAGUAACAGUGACGAAAACAGCGAUAAUCAAGGAAACAACAGCGACAAAAACAGCGGUAGCCAAGAAAACAACAGCGACGCAAGCAGCGGUAACGAAGGAAACAACAGCGACGAAAACAGAAGUAACCAAUGGAACAACAACCAUGGAAACUCUAAUGGCCGCAUGGUUAGCAGUGAAGACAGCAACGACAAUGAUGUGGACACCAAUAGUGUUGAAGGCAGCAGCAGUAGCAGAGAAGGAAGCCACCACUGCAGCGGAAGUGUCGAGAGCUGUGAAGAAGACAUCCCUGCUGACACUGGUUGUUGGACUGAGUGGUUUGACAGAGAUGAUCCAACUGACACCGGAGACUGGGAAACUCUUGAGAAUCUCUAUGUUGAAAAUCCUGGGAAGAUCUGCGGUGAGCCAAUUUGGAUUGAAGCGGAGACGACAACUGAGAGAAGCCCAGAUUCAGUUGAAAAUGUCAUUGCACAAUACAACCCUGUGUAUGGAUUUGUUUGUUUGAAUGAAGAUCAGAAAGGCUGCAAAUGCCAUGAUUACAAAGUUCGCUUUAUGUGUCCUGAGGAAUUCUGCAAACAAAAAGUGUGCUGGACUCAGUGGUAUGACCGCGACAGCCCCAAUGGCAUCGGAGACUGGGAGAUUCUUAACAACUUGAGAAAAGAGAAUCCAGGAGAAAUAUGUGAAAGUCCUCUGUACAUCGACGUCAACUCUGCCAACACAAAUACUCCUGCUUUUUACACUGGGCAGAACUUUUACAUAUUCAGUUUAACAGAGGGAUUUGUUUGCCGCAACCGAGACCAAACUGGACGCCGCUGCCUCAACUACAAGGUCCGCUUCGGGUGCCCCUGUGGCUCGGACGUCGUCUAG